CGAAAAAGUACAAAAAAAAAAAAAAAGUUUACGUUGUAAAAAUUCCAUUUGUAAAAUAACAAUUAGAUCUAGUCUCAAAAUUGGGGCUUUGAUUCUGCCAUUAAUGUUUAUGGUAUAAAAUUUCUCAGAUACAAGAAGAAACAGAGAAAGAGAGAUCUUCUACUUGCAUGGUAAUAAAACUUCUCAAAUCUCUCUAUUCUCAGUGUCAGAUCGGAUUUAUCAGGCAGGCGCGUUUCAGAACCCUAGAAAAUAUCAAUCUUGAAUUUCUGGGAUUCAAUUAAUCUAAUACGGAAUUCGUAUAGUGUGAUUCAAUAAUAUCCUAGAUUUGAUAAAUUCAGGAUAUAUAUAGAAUUUGAGUUUGGGUGAUCAAAUUUGCAGAUUUUUAUGUGUGGACACGUUUUUUGUUUAUUUGGAAGUUGAUAUGAUGAUGAUAGGUGAUUGUUGGAAUGGUGAAGAUUGAGAAUUUUUCUUUUAGGGUUUCUACUUUGUUGUUUGUGGCAGAAUUUGUUGAAGACAAGUUUGUCAGAAUUUGAGAUUUUGUUUUUCUAAUGGCGUCGGCACAGGUUUCGCGUAAACAAGAUCUUGAAGCUGGAAAGCGCAAGCUCGAAGAGUUUCGUAAGAAAAAAGCAGAAAGGCGAAUCGGCAAAAAGGUUGCACCAAUUGGCCAGACGCAGCCUGCUGCUGAUGUUAGUCAAUCAGAAGACAAAAAAGCUCUACAAAUUCCUGAUUCAGAUGGAGCUGGUCCAUCGGAAAGAAAUGGUGUUUCAUACGAAGAACCUCCUCCUUCGGCAGUCGUUCGCGAUGACACUAAAGCAUAUGAUUCAUCCCAGACUACUGAACUGGGUUCCUCUAGUGUAACUCAUGAUAGCCCCCCCAUCUCUAACAAAACACAUGAUGUAUUAUUAUAUGCCGGUCCAUUUCAGAAACCUGCAGCUGAUCAGGACUCGAGAUGGUAUGAUCGGUCAAGGCUUCCUGAGUCACAAUCUGUUAAUUAUGCUGGUCUACGGGAAGAUAUGAACCAUAACAUUGACAGUGCAGGAACUCGAGAACCAACAUAUGAGGCCACAGUAGACCAGCCUGCUACUCCUAAACCAUUCUAUCGAACAGGGGGGACUGAUACAAACUCCCAAUCUGAUUAUUACUCCAGAUAUGAUGGUCAUUUAAGACAAGAUUCAAAGGAAUUUUCAGCCAAAGCUCCAGAAACAUCUCAUGUUUUUAAUGCAGAUUUUCAAUUUGAUAAGUUGGCUGAUGAUGUUGGAUUUGGUACUUUGUCAACGAGUGGCAGUCAAUAUGAAGAUCGUAUACAUCCAUCUGCCAACUUAACAGAGUCGGUUCUUGAUUUCAAGAACAAACAUGGUGGUUCAGAUUUUAAUGGUGCUAGUUUUCUUGAGGAAAGAAGGAAGUUUAAUAAUUCUAUUAAUCAUCAGCAGGGCACAGAUAAUGCACCUUGGCUGUCAUCAGAAUUACCCUCCAUCGAUUAUAAAUUAGAUUCAAGAAGUUCCUCUAAUCAUGUUCCUCACACAGCUUCCAUUGCUGGAAAUCGGCAAUCUCGUCCAUCUUUUCUGGGCUCGCUUAAUGUAAAUACAGUCCCUUCAGAGUCACACAUAUCUUGUACUGACCAAGAAAAAUCUGAACCAUUUCUCAUAGCUUCUAAAGCUAAAAAUCAGACUCAAUUUUCAUCUGCUUCUCGGUGGCCUUUUUCCAGUACUGUUGGAAAUUUUGACAGUCUGAAAUCAGAUCUAUUUGGUUCUUCGGAGCCUCUUCUUAAUCUUUCAGUUUCUAUUGGUAAUGACGCGGAAACACUGAGGCAGAGUACAAAGGAAAAUAAUGCGGAGAGAAAGCAAGAAUCUUUUUUACCAAAGCAUGAUGAGAACUUUGCUGCUCUAGAACAGCAUAUUGAAGACCUGACUCAAGAAAAGUUCUCACUGCAGCGAUCUCUUGAUGCUUCAAGAUCUUUAUCAGAAUCAUUGGCUGCGGAAAAUUCGUCUCUCACAGAUAGCUAUAACCAGCAGGGAGCAUUAGUUAACCAACUAAGAUUAGACAUGGAAAGAUUACAGGAGGAAAUCAGAGCUCAGCUGCUUGAAAUUGAGUCCAUCAAAAUGGAGUAUGUUAAUGCACAACUGGAAUGUACUGCAGCUGAUGAACGAGCACAAAUAUUGACUUCAGAAGUCAUUGAGUUGGAAGAAAAGGCACUCAGACUGAGAUCAAGUGAGCUAAAGUUGGAGAGGCAAUUGGAGAAUUCAAAUGAUGAAAUUACUUCAUACAAGAGGAAAGUGUCUAUACUGGAGAAAGAGCGUCAAGACUUGCAACUCACUAUUAAUGCUAUGCAAGAAGAGAAAAAGGUAUUGCAAUCGAAGCUACGGAAUGCAUCUGGAGGUGAAAAAUCAUUUGACGUCCAAACUCCCUCUGUCAAAGAUAUGUUAACUUCUACACAAGACUUAGAAGUAAGUGGUGGGGAAAUUAUGUCAAGCACGUUUGAUCCUGAAAUGCAAGAAGCUGCUUUUCCUCUCCCCGGUAGUAGCUCUGCCAUCCAACUGCCUGAGAAUAGCCAAUUCCAUCCUUCAGUCUCAUCUGCAGCUAUUCCACCCGAUCAAUUAUACAUGAUUGGAAACAUCAAUUCCUUGAUUUCGGAGUUAGUAUUGGAGAAAGAAGAGUUGACCAGGGCCUUGGUUUCAGAAUCAUCUAAUAGUUCAACUCUGAAGGAACUGAAUAGGGAAUUAUCCCGCAAACUGGAGGCUCAGACCCAGCGGUUGGAGCUCUUGACUGCGCAAAGUAUGGCCAGUGAAAAUCUUCAGGCAAGACAACCAGAUCUACUGACAAUGAAUGAUAGCACAACAUACGCGGACGAAGGAGAUGAGGUGGUAGAAAGAGUUUUAGGUUGGAUAAUGAAGCUCUUACCAGGAGGUCCAACUAAGCGGCGAACCAGCAAACUUCUAUGAUCAGAGUUAGGGGAUGUCUUUAUCAGAAAGAUUCCUUCUUAUUUUGUUCACUUCGAUGGUGCAGUGUAGGAGUUCACCAUCUGUAUAUUGCGAGGCAUUAAUUUUUGCCCAUUCUUUUUCAAUAGAAGAAAGUGAGUUUUUUCUUUUUUUACUUUUUUCUGUUCCAUAUUUUAGAAGGCAGAAUAGUCAUUUUCCUUUUUGAUUACGAAUUUGUUUGGCUAACAGUAGAGAGAAAAGACGUGUGUUCCGAUGUAGCAGAAAUGUUGUUAUUGUUGUUUGUGUAACAAAAUUUUAGUGGAAACGUUGGAUGUAAGGAUAUAAAUCAGGAAAAUCCCCAUUGAAUGGUAGUCCUACUUUUCCUUCCUUUUUCUA